CACCACAACCACUGCAGCGGAAUUGACGGCGUACGAUUGGUUGAGAAGCUGGGAGCUCCGGCUCAGCCGGAGCAGUAACAACAGCUUGAGAUGCCAGAGCUUGCACCUGAAAUGGCGCUUCAAAUGGCCAUUAAAGCUGUCAACGAUACCGCAGGUCCAGAUGGCUACAUUCCUACACUUCUCAUCUUUGGAGCGUACCCCCAAAUGACGGACUACAGUCCUCCCGCAUCCAUGGUCGUUCAACGCGCUGCUACAAUCAAGAAAGCAAUGACCGAAGUACGAAGGCUUCACAUCAUACGCCAAGUCAACAACGCGCUUAAUACUCGUAAUGGACUAUCGUCUACGCUCGUGCACCGUCUUCCUCUCAAUUCAGACGUGCUUGUAUGGCGUGAAGGUGGGACUAGAUACCCCGGCAAAUGGAAAGGACUGUACAAGCUUAUAUCAAUUGAUGGAGAAAUGUGCACCGUGGAGCUCCCCAACGGACUUACAAAGUUUAGGUUAACUGUUGUUAAACCAUACUACAAAGAUGACGAUUUGGAGCAUAAAGAUGACGAGCAGCUAGCUCCAGAGGAAGCACCACCUAUACUCACUGGCGACGGCCAGUUUGACAAAUCGCGCCGCAAAGAGGUUACCGGACUAUUGGAAAGAGGCAUAUUCAUAGCCGUCAAUCGAGAGGAUAUCCUGCUAGAUGCCCGCAUCUAUGGCUUCAGGUUCGUCAACGAGGUCAAGAAUAAAGGCACCGACAAAGCGUUCGAGAAAUCGUGGCUCGUCGUACAAGCCUAUAGCGACAAGGAUAAAGAAUUUGUACUAACGCAGUUACUUACGAUUCAGCGCUCUAGCCAACGCCUGAUUCUCUGUAUUGGGAUAAGCAAAGAUGGAUUUCACACCUACUAUAAGUACCACACCAAGCAACUUGGUAUGGAGACCUCCAUGUACAAUCUAUACCUCCUUCACUGCUGUAAUCUAGAGCAAGGAUUUGGUGUGAUCGGCAUGCAAACAGAUGACAUACUUAUUGUCGCUGACGAAGCCUUUGCCGCACGAGAAGAAGAGCAAAUCAAACGUGCAAAUAUUCUUUGUAAGCCCUGUGAACAGCUUAUAACUGGCAAAUCGCUACGAUUCAAUGGUGCGGUAAUUACAGAGGAUGCCCAGGGUAUUACUCUUACCCAAGAACGCACCUGUAAGAACAUUUGGCUCGUACAAGAUCACCCUUCGGAUACGGUUAGCUCCCGUGGCAAGGUUCGCAAAAACGCAUCUCCGCACGAACAGUACGUUGCCCAACGAGCCCUUGGUGCGUAUAUUGCUUCCGUCUCACAACCCGAAGCCUCGUUCGAUCUAUCCUUCGCAGCGCAAGCUACACAACCGGGAAAAGAGGAUAUAAAGGCGCUCAAUAAACGACUUCAAUGGCAGAUUGACAAUUCCACCCGCGGGCUACGGUUCGUCAAGAUCGAUCUACGGACUGCAAAACUGUACGCAUUCGUUGAUGCUUCGUUUGCUAAUAACAAGGACUCUUCUUCCCAAAUUGGCCACGUUAUCGUACUCGCAGACGCAUGA